GGCCCGGGCCAGCGCCCUCCGCCGCCGCCCGGCCGCGCGGACAGCGGGCCCGCACGGCCCCGGCCGCCCGCGAGCCGCCCCGCGCCCGCCGCCCGGCCGCGUUUGAAGUCCCGGCGCGGCCGCUGGUUGGCGCGCGCGGGUCACGUGGCCGGAGGAGUUCCCCGACAGCUGGAGGCUGCGUGGGCUCCGGCGGCGGCUCGCGACUCGGCCGCGCGGCCUCCCCGCCCUCCUCCGCGCCCGCUUCCGCCCGCGCCUCAGCCUCCGAGCGACUCAGCGCGGCCGCGGCGGCGUCUCGGCGAGCGCGGGAGCCGAGCCAUGGGCGACAAGAAGAGCCCCACCAGGCCGAAGCGGCAGCCGAAGCCGUCCUCGGACGAGGGCUACUGGGACUGCAGCGUCUGCACCUUCCGGAACGGCGCCGAGGCCUUCAAGUGCAUGAUGUGCGACGUGCGCAAGGGCACCUCCACGCGAUCCACAUUCUUUGAAGUUAUUGUGAAUGCCUCGAGGACCGAGGGACCGUUGCAAUUUCCAAUUUCAGGAAGUUCCGGUGGCCGCCGUCAGAAGAGUCUCAGGCUGCACCGAGGGCGCGAGAGUGGAUCUGUGAGGCAAAGACCCAAUAGGAGAACUCCAGGUCCUGGUGCUGUGUUUCCAAUUCAGCUUCCAGCUAAUGCAACUUUGGAAGCAGCAGGUGACGGCUCAUGUAAGUGAUGUGGGUGGUGGUCCAGGCUUUGGUUUGUGGCCUGGCCAGUUUCAGCUAUUUAUGGGCAUCUGGGGAGUGAACAGUAGUGAAGGAUAUGUCUGUCUGUCUCUUUCUCUCUGCCUUUCAAAUAGCUGAAAAUAAAUAAACAUUUUUACAGUGGCAUGGCAUCUCAUGAAAAGGAGUGCUGGGAGAGCGAUGUGUUUUCUCUGUGUAAGCUGGAGUCAUUGUGAGAUUCUGCUCAAAGGGGUUAUGUCAAUAUCCGAGAAUUGCUGAGAAUUGGUUUGCUUGAACCGAUAAAAAUGAACAACCUGUAUCUCACGUUAUACAUAACACUUAGGCUGUAAUUGAGAAAGUCCUAAAAUAAAGCGUUGUUUUAUGCUGGACAGAUUUAGUUCAACUUUUGACCUAACCCUAUUCUGUGUGUCCAUGCUGCUCUCUUACUGUGUAACCCUCUUGCCAGAGAUGACAUGGAGAGUCUGGGUACCAUAUGGGAACUCUGAAGGCUCUACCUUCUGGCAGAGACUCGGGUCAUUCUCUUUUAUUGGACAGUGUGGGAAGCUCUCACUGUUUUUCACCUUAAAACAGUCUUAUCUAAGAUUUAUAAAAGAGGAGCUUGAUACUAAAGGAACAAACGAUAUUAAAUUAAGUGAAAAUGUUAAAAUGGUCACAUGAAUUAAAGGCUUUUGAUAAAACAUGACUCAUUUGGAAUAGCACUGCUCAAUAGAAAUAACAGUAUAAUGUAAGCCACAAAAUGGGGCCAUAAGAAUAGUUUUAAAUUUUUCAUGGCCCCCCAAAAUUACAAUGUAACAAGUAAAAUUACUUUUAAUACUAUGUUGUAUUUAACUCAAUAUGCAAUGAGUCUCCAAGCAGUUCAUGGAAAAUAUGUAUUAUGAGUAAAUUAUGCAUAGAUUUCAGAAGCAUUUUAAACCAAACUGAUCUUUUUUUUUUUUUAACUUUUAGUUACUGAAUAUAAAUUUCCAAAGUACGACUUAUGGAUUAUAAUGGCUUUCCCCCCAUACCAUCCCUCCCACCCGCAACCCUCCCCUUUCCCACUCCCUCUCCCCUUCCAUUCACAUCAAGAUUCAUUUUCGAUUAUCUUAAUAUACAGAAGAUCAGCUUAGUAUACAUUAAGUAAAGAUUUCAACAGACCAAACUGAUCUUUUAAUUCCAUUUUCCUACAAGCUUUUUGAAGUACGCUCUGUCUAAUAUAGCUUUUGUGUUAAUAGGGAGAUGCUUUCUUUUCGUUUCUUUCAGGCCUGCAGCACAUCCUGUGUGGACGGGUCACCUGUGAGGUGCUCAGGGUCAGGGGUGGUUUCUGUAUUGUACAGCUCAGACUGCGCCCUGAAAAAGCUUUUGACUUAAUCUUACUCUGCUUCUGUUAGUUCCAGGAGAGCUGCCCUGAGUAUCUUGUUUCAGUUACUGCUUCUGGUUCACCCUUACUGUUCAUCAUGGGUUAUCUGGAAGUUUGCUGACCAUUCCUGAAUUUAGCAGAGCAUUGAGGUCUUUGUGUGGUGUUUCUUGGGACCUAGGACUGCCUAGUUUCUUUAUAUACAUUUCCCUUUGUAAGUUUUUAAUCAGAAUACCAAAUCCUGUUUUCCAUCGGAAUAUCUGAUGCAGACCUGUGAGGGCUGGAGAAGUAGGUCUGUGCAGGAUCUUCUUCCUCUGCCAAGCGAACACAUCUCUGAUUCUUAGGUUAAGUGAGUUCCUAUGAACCAAAAGGAUCCUGAAUAGGAUGACUUCUUAAAGUGGCAGCCAGCAUCCCAUUAAGGGGAUGGAUACUCUUUGCCUAGAUACUCAUUUCUUAGAGGCUUUCAAAUGAAUUCAUUUUUCUCUACUUUCUUUCGAAGUGGAUGCUUUUUGAGAGUAAGCAUAUUGCAAAAAUAAAGCCAAUGUCUAAAGUACAGCACACGUGACUUAACAUUUGGAUAGCAUCUUGGUUUCACCUUUUCUAAGAUGAUGGACAUUGAAGAAAAUUAUUGAUAGUAAAUGAAUUUAUCUCCUCUAAUGCUGAUUAUCCAUAAGUCCCAACACCAGCAGAAGAAUCCUGCGUGUGUAGUUAAUUUCAAACAGUGCCAGACUUUGCUCUAUUAAAAUGAGAUUGAAUGGACUCCAGAUGUUUGUGUUCAGGUUCUGAGGUUUCCUGGGAUCCCUGUUUUCUUGUCGUAAUUAGUAUUUACUUUCCAUACCUGUUCUGAAUUUCUGCUCUUUCUCAUCUGACCUCCCUGUCUGACUUCCUCCCAUUCUACCAGGAUCUCAAGAAACCAUUUGUUUCUUCUCAGCCCUGCAAUUCAGGCAUGCCCACUGUUGGCAGACUUCACCCAGGACAAUUAGCGUUACAUUGGACUGUUUUUUCCCUGAAAAGCUAAUAGUUUCAGCCACAGCAGACAGUUUGAAGGGAGGGUAUGGAAUUGACACUAGCAUAGGGCCCGGGGCACAUAUGGAACUUAGUAAAUGUUUUCUGAGUGAGUGUCUGGUGUUGUGACUUGGUGUAUUUUUUAGGGUGUAACCAGGUGUUUCAGGAGGACUGAGUUUUAUUUCAUGGCCUGUAGCUCUGUGAGGCUAUGAAAUUUUCUUUGCUGUGUUCUCAUGUCCAGAUGGUACCUGGGAAUCAUGGAUAUGUUACUGAUAUUUCACCAAAUGAAAAAAAAAUAUGAAAGAAUAGACAUGUCUGUGGAUAAAGAUGACCUUAUAUAGCAGUAACUUUGCAUUGAACUGGAAAUAAACUGGAAGAUGGUUAGUACAACCUUGCUAAAAAAAAAUCUCUGGGUGCACUUCUGUUUAUUGUUUGCCAGCUGCCGCAGGCCAGCGUCAUCUCUGGUCUGGCUGCUGCAGCAGUGUACCUUGUCCCCAUAGUUCCAUGAGUGGCAUGUUUCAGUUUGUUCUAUGCAUGGCAUUUUAAAGGCAUUUUAAAUGUUGGCAGUUAGUUCCCUUCUCAGGAGUACGUGAGAAGGCUGCCUGUGGCACUUGGAAUAAAAUCCUAAACCCCCGGCUAGCCUGGCCUGCCAGCCUCGCAGGUUUCUUGUCCUGCGAUGGAUGCCCACAUUCAUGGUGCUGCUACGUCAUGGACUUCCCUUCAGUUUCUGGGAUGCACCUAAUUCUGUGCCUCCUUUGUUUAUGUGGUACCUGCUUUCUGCCUGUCUCACUUAGGAGACCUCUUUGUAUAAUUUACAUGUCAGUGUGUUGUAUUUUAUGAAAACUGUUCUUUGGCUGUUAUCCACCCCCAUUCCAGUUAGAAUCUCUCAUGGUGUUGGGCUAGGGUAGAGAAAAAUGAACAUUAUGGUUUGUAUUUAAUGUGUGAAAUAACUGUGUAGCAAAUUUGGGUAACAAAAGAGUGAGCCUGGAAGGGAGAAAGAGAAAACAAAAAGCAAGACCAGAUGUGCUUGUUACGAUACUCAGUGCUCAUGACAUGAGCCCAGCUCCUAAGGAAGACUCGGAUUACCUGAAAUACAAAACCCAGAUAUGUACUUGCAGUUUGCACAGUAGAACAGAAUUGCUAAGGUUGUUGGGAGUAAAUGGAUACCCAAAUAAGACACUAGGAAAGCAGCUGUAUAAACAGAAGAGUUAUCAAUGGUUUUGUAGUAUUGUUUGAAAAAGCUGAAUUAAAAGCAGCACACAUGGACCAGAUACUUAUAUAAGUGAUUAAGGUGCAUGCAUGCUGCAUCACAAUGCCUGGAUUCAGGUCCAGGCCAGGCUUCCGACUGCAGCUUCCCGCCAGUACGUAUCCUGGAGGCAGUGCAUUUCAAUCUCUGCCACUCUUUGGGAGACUUGCAUUGUGUUCCUGGCACCUGUUUCUGGCUGUGGCUUGGAUAUCAUGGGCAUUUGGAGAGUAAAUCACAGUAAACCAGGAGCUCUCUCACUAUCUGUCUGUCUCUUUAGUUCUCAAAUAAGAAAAAAGGUGAUACCCAUAGCAUGAGGAAAAACAGAAAGGUACUUUAUGAUAAUCAAUGAUAUAGUUCCUUAUUUAAAUGGAAUCACAAAUUUCUAUGAAAGAUGAAGCAGUAAAAUAUGCAAAAUGAAAACCUAGGGAGGAACAGAGAAACAGUAUGAGAGUACUUAAUUUAUUUAAAAAGAUUUUUAUCAUUUUUUUUUCUUUGAGAAGCAUACAGGGAGAGAAGCAAAUAGAGCACUCCGUCCAGUGGUUCACUCCCCAAGUGCCUUCCAUGGCCACAGGACCUGGAAGCCUAGCUGUCUCCAUGCGAGUGGCAGGAACCACUUGAGCCAUCAGCCCUGCCUUCCAGAGUCCGCAUUAGCGGGAGCUGGAGUCUAGACCCAGAGCCAGGGAUUGAACCCAUUUGAAACAGCCGCCCAGCGUGAGUCCUUUCAGUAUGAAUGCUAGUGGGGACAUUGAAGUAGCUUCCAGUCCUUGCUACAUCAAAGAAAUAAAAAGUGACGUAUGAAGAAUCUGGCACAUACACAGCCGUGUACUUAGAACAACGUUUUGGUCAACGGCAGACUGCAUAGAUGUUGGGGCUGGAAAGUUCCCAUCACCUGGUGGGAGUGAACGUGGCAGCCUAGUGUGACACCCGACUCCUGUUUGUGUGAUGCUGAUGUGGGUCCAUCUGCUACACUAGUGAUGGCACACAGAUAGAGUACACAAGUAUGUGCAGUUCAUAGCACUUGGUAGUGAACAGCUGGGCUACUGAUUGAUGUAUUUGCUAUGCUAGUCAUUAUUUAGAGUGUGUUCAUUCUACUGAAGCAUGUUUACAGUGAAAUAGUGUGUUGCAUGUUGCCAGUUUGUGUCUAGGGUUGUGUUUAUACUCUGUGAUGUUCACAAAACAAUGAAAUCGCCUAAUGAUGCAUUUCUCUGAACAGAUCCCCAUUGCUAAGCAAUGCAUGAAUGUAAUCAUUAAGGUUGUUAAAGUAUAGUAUACUCUCACUUGACAGAAAAACAUCUUACAUUUUUUAGUUUUUUAUUUAUUUUCAUUUAUUUGAAAGAGUUAUCUUCCAUCUACUGGUUCACAUCCCAAAUGGCUGCAGUCAUUGGGCUGAGCUGGGCUGAAGCCAGGAUCCUGGAAUUCCUUCUGGGUCUCUCAUAUUGGUAGCAGGGAAACAGUACUUAAACCAUCACCAUGCCUCCCAGUGUUCACACUUCAGCAGGAAGCUGGAAGUGGAAGCAGAGAACUUGAUCUUAGGCACUCCAGUAUGGGAUUUGGGUGUCCCAAGCUGCUCUUAACUGCUGAGCCAGAGGCUCCCCUACCCCUCAGAAAAACAUCUUUUCAGUUCCCCGUGAACAUUUUUAAGAAAUAACUUGCAGAUUGUUCUGGAAAGAACACUGAAAAAAAAAAUUUAAAAGUAGCAGUAUUGUCAGCUCUUGAAUAAAAUGAAAUGAAUGAAUGAAACACAUGCUCUUGAAUGAAACUCUAAUAAAAGCAGAAGCCAGAAACCAAACUACAAAACCUUCCCAGAGGUAGAACAAUAAUUACACUCACUAGAAUAAAAAAAUAUAGGGGCCGGCACUGUGGCACAGUGGGUUAAAGCCUCAGCCUGCUGGCUGGCAUCCCACAUGGGCACCAGUUCGAGUCCCCGCUGUUCCUCUUCUGACCCAGCUCUCUGCUAUGGCCUGGGAAAGCAGUACAAGAUGGCCCAAGUCUUUGGGUCCCUGUACCCACGUGGGAGACCGGGAAGAAGCUCCUGGCUCCUGGCUUCGCAUCAGCUCAGAUCUGGGCAUUGCAGUCAUUUGGGGAGUGAACCAGCAGAUGGAAGACCUCUCUCUAGCUCUGGUUCUACCUCUCUCUGUAACUCUGUCUUUCAAAGAAAUAAUUCUUUAAAUAAAUAAAUAAAUAAAUACUCUGUCCCCAAAAUACUAAGUCAGGGUCUAAAGAUAUGACAAACUGGUGGUUCAGGAAACUAAUUAGAAUAAAAUGUUGUUUGUGCCCGAUAUACAUUUCAUAGGCGUGUGUAAUGGGGACUAGCAUAAUGGCACAGUGGGUUAAGCUGCCUCUUGCAGUGCCAGCAUCCCAUAUCAGUGGCAGCUGGAGUCCAGCUGCUGUGCUUCUAGUCCAUCUUCCUGCUAACUGACCUUGGUUUCCUCAUCCUGUACAGAGGAAUUUGAAAUUAAAUUAAUUGGGGACUAGGUGAGGCCUCGCGGUUUAGUCCUCAGUUGGGACAGCUGGGCCGCAUAUUGGAGGACUUGGGUUCCACCUUCCUGCUAAUGUAGCUGCUGGCAGGCGGCAGCUCGAGUUGUUGCUUGGGUUCCUGGCUCCUGGCUUUGGCUGGAGCUGGUUGCAGGCAUCUGGGGAGUGAGUCAGCAGAUUGGAGCUCUCUGUUUCUGUCUGUCUCUACCUCUAAAAUAAACAAACAAUUGAAAAAUUAGCUGUCAUUGUAUUCUUUUUACUAAGGCAAUGAAACAUGUAGUACAUUUUGGGAACCAAAAUUUAAGAUUUGAUGUUUUGAAAUUUGUGUUUUAAUCAGCUGGCAAAUCAGUUUUAUCUAAAUACUCCAUUCUCCAUUACCUAUAAUGAAGUCCUGCUACAUUUAGUUUCUAACAGAGCUGUAAUCAAUAUGCAGUAGAGUAUCUGAGUCUCAUGUGUUCAGUCUGGCUGUAUUUACUUUGAAUGCUGUGGUAGUGUCCUCUAGUUUCACAGUGCUUGAUAAAAUCCAGAUCUGAAGGAGUCAUUCAAAUUUGCUGUAUUUAUUUAUUUCCCUCAUUUUUGACUUUUUUUCAUUUAAAGUUGACAAUUUUGCUUAUGCUAGGUUUUUUGUUUGUUUGUUUUACCCAGAAACCUUUUAUUUAAGGUAUACAAACUUCAUGCAUUUCAUAAAUACAACUUUGGGAACAUAGUGAUAGUGAUUCUUUCACUGUACCCACCCUCCUCCCUCUCCUAUUCCCAUUCUUAUUUUUUUGCUAAGAUCUAUUUUCAAUUAACUUUAUACACAGAGGAUUAACUCUAUACUAAGUAAAGAGUUCAACAAGUUGUAUGGAAAAAAUAAAACUGUUCUUCAACAGUUUUUGGAUUUCUGUUUUGAUUUCUUCUGUGACCCACUGUUCAUUCAGGAGCAUGUUGUUCAGUCUCCAUGUGUUUGCAUUUGUUCUAGAAGUUCCUGAGCUGUAGAUUUCCAGCUUCAUCCCACUGUGGUCAGAGAAGAUGCAUGAUAUGAUUUUGAUUUUUUUAAAAUUUCUUGAGACUUGCUUUAUGGCCUGGGCUGUGGUCUGUCCUGGAGAAAGUUCCUUGAACUGGUGAAAAGCAUAUGUGUCUGCAGCUGUAGGGUGAAAAGUUCUGUAGAUAACUGUUAGGUCCACAUGGUCUGUAGGGUCGACUGACUGCUGUUUGCUUGCUGACUUUCUGUCUGGUUGAUCUGUCCACUGCUGAAGUCGACUAUUGAAGUCCCCCAGUGCUAUUGUGUGUUUUCACAGCCCAGCAGACAAGGCUCCCUCUGUCAUGAGCGUGCAUCCUGCUGUCUGUUCUCCCAGCCAGACUAACACGUUUCCUCUCGACUGGUUGGUGGGCGCGUGGACACGAGCUAGCACAGCUGUUAUGUAUGUCCAAAAUUGUGCCUGCCCGCUCUUGGCUGAUUACAGGACACCAGUACAGGGUGGUGUGUGAGAGAAACGUGCCCCACUUUCUCCUCUAGGUUGGCAGGCACACUGUCCCCCACAGGGCUCCACGCCGGACUCAUGCCAGGCUCUUCCUGCAGCUUUAUCACAGCGGCUUGGGCUGCUGCAGUCUGGUCUCACCUCACUCUCCAAAGCCGGUGCUGAGGCUCUCGGCGGCUGGGGUCCCGAGUUGUGUGUGUCCACACCCUCCACCUAGGUCCACUGUGUCCCUCUAAUUUAUGUGGAAUUUCUUCUGCCGUUUAAUCCCUAACUCUUCCCUGAGAUUGUACUCUGUCUGCAUUUUUUUUAAAGCUGUCUUCCCCCAGAGUAGACACUAGCCUGUUUCCCCUAGACUAGUAAGCUCCCUUCCACCACCUGGGUGACUUAAACUUGCUGUAUUUAAAAGGGUUCAGUUCCAGCAUGCAUUUGUGUUGUAGCCCUGCGUGGUAGAGUCAUUUUUGGCUGGCAUGGUGCUGAGGGGGAACUGUGAGGGGGGAUGGGAAGUUCACUGAAAGCACGCCUGGUCUGUUCCUCAGCUGACCUGGAGGGUGAUGAGAAGCCGGCAGAGGACAGAGGCUCCUCGGAGGUCGUUCCUUUCUGUCUUUGGGGGAAGAAGCUGCAGUGCCCUUGUGUUUGAGAAGUGCUGAGAUGCAAGGGCACUUGUUUGUUCUUCCUGAAUUUAGGGCUGCGGCCAUCAACACCCGUGCCUGUUCUGUCCACCUCCCUUUGCCUUUACAUCGUCUCAUUUUUGAUGCAUUUCUCUGUGUGUUGCUGUUGUUAUGCCCAACAGUUGUGUUAGAAAGUGUCUGCUCUGUUCAGGCAGUCCAAUGGGGAGGCACCAAUUUCCCCUAGUUCUUGAUGUCCCAGGCACCUCCCUCUGCCUAUUUCAUCCUCUAAGUGGCCUCUUCAUGGUCUCAGGCUAGCUAAUCUACUGCCUGGAUUUCAUCUCCAGGAGGGGAAGCAGGGAGUAGAGGCACCUCUGUCAGAAAAGGAAAACUCCUUGACAUACCCAGUUGUUUUUAUGUGUGCUGUCUCAGCCAGAACUGUGUCGUGGCUGCUUCUAGGUUCAAGGGGAGUUUAGGGAGAUGAGUUUUGUUGACUUUUUUUCCCCCCAAUAAUUUAAAAGUAUUUAUAGACAUGAUUCAUGUUCAGUCUUUUCCUUUUUUAUGUUUUCAAACAUAUACAAGGGCAGAGUAAUUAACUGUGCUGUAUCUAUGACCUGACCUCAGUUAUCAGCUCACAGGCAGUUCCGUUUUGUCUUGACUUCUCCCCACUUUUUUUUAAAGAUUUUUAUAUUUUUAUUUGAAAGAGUUAUGCAGAGAGAGGAGAGGCAGAGAGAGAGAGAGAGAGAGGGGUCUUCCAUCUGAUGGUUCACUCCCCAAUUGGCCGCAAUAGCCAGAGCUGUGUUGAUCUGAUGCCAGGAGCCAGGAGCUGUCUCCGGGGUCUCCCACACAGGUGCAGGGGCUCAAGGACUUCAGCCAUCUGCUGCUGCUUUCCCAGGCCAUAGCAGAGAGCUGGAUCGGAAGUGGAGCAGCCAGGUCUCAAACCCAUGUCCAUAUGAGAUGCCACAGCACCGGCCCCAACUUCUCCCCACUUUUAAAUUCUGUAUUAUCUUGAAGCAAAUCUCAAACACCAUAUUAUUUCACCCAUAAAUAUUUCAGUAUAUAGUACUAUAAGAUGAAAACGUGAAAUUUAGCUACAAUGUCUUUAUCACAGCUAAAGAAAAAUGUAAUUAUUAUUUAGUUUCUUCAGAUGUCCCAUAAAUAUUUCCAAGAGGUGGAUUUUUUUUUUUAGUUGUACACAACUUCUGCUGCCUCCAACCACAGAUCAUGGUUCCAUUGAUGAAACAGAGGAAAGGACAUAUUGGAUAUGCAUCUGGCAGCAUCUGCCACGCCUUUUAAAUUCUGUGUCUGAAAGUAAGUCUGGGCCCAGUGCUGUGGCGUGGUGGGUUGAUUCUCCACCUGUAGCGCCAGCAUCCCAUGUGAGCGCCAGUUCUACUCCCGGCUGCUCGUCUUCCAGUCCAGCUCUCUGCUGUGGCCUGGGAAAGCAGUAGAAGAUGGCUCAAGUACUUGGGCCCCUGCACCUGUGUGGGAGACUCGGAGAAACUCCUGGUUCCUGGCUUCGGGUCAGCGCAGCUCCGGCCGUUGCGGCCAUUUGGGCAGUGAACCAACGGCUGGAAGACAUUUCUCUCUGUCUCUCCCUCUCACUGCCUGUAACUCUACCUGUCAAAUAAAUAAAUAAAAUCUUAAAAAAAAAAGAAAAGAAAUCCAAGUACUUUGAACAUCUAAUGCUUUCUCAGGCCUGUUAGCAGGGAGCUGGGUCAGAAGUGGAGCAGCCAAGACUCGAUUUGGCACCCAUAUCUGAUCCUGGCAUUGCAGGUGGAGGCUUAACUCAUUAUGCCACAGAGCCAGCCCAGUGUUUUUUUUUUUUUUUCCAAAGAAUUUGGCCAUAAUUGAGAUUUUAUUGGUAUUGAGAAUCAGCACACACAUUUUAAUUUGUACACAAUUCUUUUUUUUUUUUUUUAGAUUUAUUUAUUUAUUUGAAAGAGUUACACACAGAGAAGGAGAGGCAGAGAGAGAGAGAGAGGUCUUCCAUCCACUGGUUCACUCCCCAUUUGGCCGCAACGGCUGGAGCUGCCCCUAUCCGAAGCUGGGAUCCAGGAGCUUCUUCCAGGUCUCCCACAUGGGUGCAGGGGCCCAAGCACUUGGGCCAUCUUCCACAGCUUUCCCAGGCCAUAGCAGAGAGCCGGAUCAGAAGUGGAACAGCUGGGACUUGAACCGGCGCCCAUAUGGGAUGCUGGCACUGCAGGCGGCAGCUUUACCUGCUGCGCCACAGCGCCAGCCCCUUGUACACAAUUCUUAACAUAUGUACCAAAAAUCUAAAAAGCCAUGAAUUGUCAUUCUUUUUUUUUUUUUUUAAGUUAUUCCAAUGACUUUCCAGCCUCUUCCUUAAGAGGCUAUCAGGUACAAGUAUCUUCAAAUGUUGCUGUUACAUAAAUCCCACCCAUUCACAAUUUAACAUAAUAUACAGGACACUCAGUCUUUCACAGCACAUUAACUAAAUCAUUAGGAAAACUGGACUACCAUAACCAAAGGUGUUACAGAGUGCACAUGGUUCUGACAGAACAAGGAAUGGUUUUCUGUAGGAAACAAUUCUACUAAACAACAUAGGAGAAAUAACUGAAAACAUUUGAGACAGAUUAAAUGCACAAUCGAGAUUCCCAAUUGCCAUAUAGUAUGCAUUGUAUUGUAGGAUUUAAAAACCGCCUCACCUGUGGAAUGUUAAGCUGACGCCCAAGACUGUCAAAGCCUCCCAUAAUUCAAUAUGCCACUAUUUUCUGGUUGUACCAAAAAAUAAACAACCAGCAAAUGACUUCACCUCUUAAAAAAAUCAUUUACACUUAAAAAAUGGGAUGAGGUGGGCUUCCCUCCUCCUUAAAAAUGUUUCUAGAGCUACUAUAAAGCUUGCAUUUACAAAACAGUUGAUGAAAGAGUUCCUCUGGACUGUACCAGAAGGGAGACAGGGACCACUGGAAACAUGUGGUAUGUGAUGUGAAUCAGACGUGGCUGCACCACGGGCUGGACGCUCCUCACGUUUAGCUUCUCCGCUUUCUGCAGGCGGGUCUGCUUCAGCCUCUGGGGAGCCCCUCGGCUGCUUUCCCUGUGCUCCACGCUCCCCCUUUGCUUGCACUCUUUUGUCUGAUGACUUAUCCUCCCGGGCGGCCUUCUUGGGCUUCACCUCCACUGUCAUUGGGCCGGCUUCGCCAACAGCUGCGCUGACCUCCUGUUGGGCUUCUCCUUUGCUGCCCCUUUGGCAGUGUUUUGUUUUAUUUUUUAAGAUUUAUUUAUUUUAUUUGAAAGGCAGAGUUAUGGAAAUAGAGGGAGAGACAGAGAGAGACCUUCCAUCUGCUGGCUCAGUCCCCAAAUGGGCACAAUAGCUAGGGCUGGGCUGGGCUGGGCUGGACCAGAGCCAGGAGCCAGGAGCUGAAUCUCGGUCUCCUAUGUGGGUACCAGGACCCAAGCACUUGAGUCAUCUUCCACUGCUUUCCCAGGUGACUUUACCUGGGAGGGAGGGAGCUGAAUCAGAGUGGAGCAGCCAGCCACCUAUAUGGGAUGCCAGCAUUGCAGGGGUGUCUUUCUUUUUUUCUUUUCCUUUUCCUUUUCCUUUUCCUUUUCCUUUUCCUUUUCCUUUUCCUUUUCCUUUUCCUUUUCCUUUUCCUUUUCCUUUUCCUUUUCCUUUUCCUUUUCCUUUUCCUUUUCCUUUUCCUUUUCCUUUUCCUUUUCCU